ACGCAUAUGGCCAUAAAUCAAUUAUUGACAUAAUAAAAAUAUGAUACACCUUUAUAAUCGGCCGCAUUCACAAAUCGAACUGAAUUUGAUAUAUGAAGGCUAAGAGGCAGACAGUGCUGGCCCGACGAACGUCAUGCAAGGCCACAGGCGACACCUAGCACACCUGCGCUUUACCUUUUGCCGCAAUUUGGAUAUUCGUGAAGUAACUUUACCACAGUGGCGUCGUGAGCUUUGACUGGCGAUAUCCUGUCGCCAUAAUGGGCUUGGUCGACGGAGGAGGAUGUAUCGCCGUAUUGCCGUAUGCCCUAAAGACCUCGCACAACUUUUUCCGCACGGCAAAGCUCUAAAAGACAAAAGGCACGCUCGCAAUUACAGCGUAGCACAGCUAAACAAAACUUUGUGCCUGACAUUUGAGUUUUCGCCAGUUUGGGAAGGAAAAUGCGCAGCAAAACAAGCGGCCUGGCAGGAAUGGCGAAUGGCGACCGCAUGCCGUGACUUACUCGCGUUUCAGAAGCGGACGAGGCAGGUUGCAAGGAUUUUCUCGGCUCGGCAAGGGUAGCAGAGCCUCUUGCUAUUCCGGCAAAGCAAUAUUGUUUCUGUGUUUAAUUUUCCGGUAAUUAGUAGGACUGACAAAUGUCAACUGGUGACGAGUCCUCGGGCAGGACGUCCGCCUGCAGUCGACAGAAUGGAGUGCAGCAGAGCAUCGAAGCGAAACAAGUGGAGCCAAGCAGGAGUUCGCGCAAUACUUCGAAUCUGUUGCGCCAUCAGCACAGCUUCGAAGCGCGCUACAGCAACAUAAUACAGAAGCAGAUAUGGGAGAACACCAUUAAUAAGGAUGCUAUAAAGCGUCAGCUUAAUGACUAUUUUCCCUUCGCACGCAGCACUUCUCUCACAAGAAAUGAGCCUGAUUGCUCUUAUGAUUUGCUCAGUCCAACGCCAGGGAGUAGUGAUAGUGGCUUAAAAGCACGGUCAUUGGGUACCACGCCCACCAAACAUCGGUCGGAGGAUCCCCUGGAGAGCAACGAUUCCCCGAAAAAACAGGCCAAGAUUAACGGAGAUGCGUGUUGAUAAUUGACGAACAUAAUUAUGUAAGAAACAUGUUUGAACUUCGGAAUAGCUUGUCACAUAUAAUUAUAUAUAUGCACUAAGCAUUAAUUAUUUUCUAUGAUGAUGUAUAUUAAUAAAAUAUCUUCUACAUCCGUAGAGUAUAAAAGGUCUUUCGCUGGCCGUGAAUUGCGUGCGAGGUAUCUUAUCGUCUAGUACAGUCGGCUUAACACUGUCAGCUGCCCCACUUACAGAUAACGCUCCGUCUCUGUCCGACCCGGGCAUAAAUCAAGCCGCUGGCCUAAUCACAUGCUCGUGCGAAGCCCUGUGCUCGGGAAGUCCUAUUCGCAGCUUAAUCAAAUUUAUGAGAAUUUUAUGCUCAUUGCCGAAGAUCAAAUGUAAUAACCGUGUAUUUCUCGCAAUUUUCACUUCGACACCUUUAACGGCGGAGUGAAAGCACUUAAGUGGAAAUGCCUCAAGUCAAACGCUAAAAGCAUAUUUACCGUAACCUUCCCCAUUCUGCCUCUCCCCGAGACAGCACUCAACUCAACACUGUGCACCCCUUGCCAUCCAACAUUCAGAGCUAACUUUGAUUUGAUGUAACUGAAAGCACAGGGGAGACAGAGGAAACUAAAAGAGGAUAGAAUGUUAUGGGAGAGGAGAGAAGUGGGCAGCAGAACAGGAGCUAAGGGCUCUGUGCUAGAGAGGGUUGAGUCAAUUUACUUUUGUGACUUUUGUGCGCUCUCUGAACAUUUUUCUACUUUUGCUUUGACAUUCACUUCCGUAUCUAUCAACAAGUUGCUUAAGUGCCGCAUUCGUCUAGCUAUUUGUCUUCGGUUGGGUGCAACCCCUACUUGUUGAUAUACAUUCAUGAACAUUUAACAAUAAGAAAAAUACGGAGCUUCAAUCGCUUUUUGUGUUGUCAGCCGCAGCAAAUACUGCCCAGACUGGCGUACUCCUGCGAUUCAUCCACCGUCCACCGUCCACCGUCCACCGUCCACCGUCCAUCGUCCACUUGAUGUCCACGUGUUUGUCCAGACACUUGACAUAAGCACUUGAGUUGUUCGUUGUUCGUUGUCCGCUCUCCUUUGCCCCCAGCGACCGUCUCCCUUGGUUGGUUUAGUGUCACACGCAGAAGUAGCUGUGGUCGCGUGUCUAUUUAAUUGACUGUCCGCACUUUAAGAGUCCCUUUCCCUUAUUUGCUUCUCACUGAUUCCCCCCCCCC